AUGGAGUCGCCUCAAUCCAGAACUCAAGAUAGAAAAGCGAUCCAUGAUUUUCUCACACUGUACUCAUCAUCAUCACCAGCAAAAGCCCAGCAGCAAGAUCCAUCGCAUUCCCAAGUUGACUACCUUAAGACACAUGACUUCCUAAAACCACUAGAAAGAGUUGAAAAGAAGGGGAAUUCAACAAACAACAAUGGUGCAGCAGAGAGGAGUGAUGGUGAAAGGCCACAAGCCGAGUGGAACGUUUCUUAUUUCAAUCAAAGGCUUUUAGACGCAGAGGGGAACAUAUUUUCUACACAGGCUGCUGCCUCAAACUGCACUUCUCACAUGGGGAGGAGUGGUUUCACAUUGUGGAAUGAAUCUUCGGGAAAGACAGGGAAGGAGAAUAUUGCUUCACACACACAUAUUCUGCAAGAUGCUGAUGUGAAUGUGGAGGGUGGACAAUGGACUUCAUUGUUGGAAAACCCAUCGCAAUCAUCUUCCGGUUACAAACAUAACACCACAACUUUUAGCUCUUUUUCGUCAUCUCAGCCAUCGUCCUCCCAGAAGAACCAAUGUUUCAUGGAGAUGAUAACAUCGACAAAGAAAAACUAUGAAGAAGAAGAAGAUGAUGAUGAUGAUGUAGGAGAUGAGUUUGUCAUCAAGAAAGAGGCCUCACCUCUCCCUAAAGGAAAACUAUCCGUAAAAGUUGAAGCAAAAACCAUUGACCAUAAGCCUAACACACCGCGUUCAAAACAUUCAGCCACAGAGCAACGUAGGAGAAGCAAGAUCAAUGACAGAUUUCAGAAGAUGAGAGAGAUUAUUCCUAACAGUGAUCAGAAGAGAGACAAGGCAUCAUUUUUACUAGAGGUCAUCAACUAUAUUCAGUUCUUACAAGAGAAGGUAAACAGAUAUGAAAGUUCCUACUGCAAUGGCUGGAACCAUGAGCCGCCCAAGAUGAUGCAUUUGAACAACAGUCCCAUAGCGAAAGGUGUUGUAGACCAAACAGAAAGUGGAAACACAGAUUCUUCUGGUGCAGCAGCAGUGUUUGGUAGAAAGUUUGGCGGGGACAGAGCUUGCAGGCCCCCAAGUCUCCCCAUCAACGGACGAAACUUAGUGAACUCAGAUAGAGUCUUAACUAGUAAGGCAGCACAGGCAAACAUUUUCACUUUUGCUAAAACUAGCAUGGCAGUAGCCUCUCCAAUUUCACCUACGCCGCAGCUAUCUGAUAUAGAUAGAACUAUGACGUGGACUACUGCUUUCCACGAGACAAAAGAUGAGGAACUAGCAGUUGAAAAAGGCACCAUCAAAAUCUCGAGCAUGUACUCACAAGGGUUGUUGAAUACUCUUGCACAAGCCCUACAAACGUCCGGGGUAGAUAUUUCUCAGGCCAGCAUAUCAGUGCAAAUUGAAUUGGGGAAAAGAGCGAAUUGCAUCCAACAAGCUUCGACCCCUGCCAAGGAUGAUAAUGUACCAGCAAGUGCAGGGGUCAAGUAUGACCAUACAUUAAAGAGACUCAGAACCAGCUAA